GCUUCAGCUACUUCAUCAACUUCAUCUGGACACGUGCCGACCAGCGCAGUUGGAAUGAUCCCUAUUGAAGAGAGUAAUGAGAAACCAAGGAGACGACGCCAAUCUUCGGUUCCUCCACCGAGUUAUCGUCAACAUCGACAACAGGAUGGUGAUGGCGGAAGUGACAUUGGAAGCCCGCCGAGUGUCCCCCUUCCUCCGCUGCCUCCGACAGCAAAGUCAGAUGCAAGCUUUGGGGAGUCAACUCCAAAGCCGACUCAGACCCAAACUCCUGGGACGGCGUCAAGCGUGCACUCUAGGGGUCCACCCUCAGUGAAAUCGCUACCUUCAUUGCGCUCUCGCAGGUCAAGCAAAAGUGCCAGCACUUACGAGCAUGGCAGGCAAGAGAGCGGGGUGAGCGUUACGAGCUGUGGCAGUGGGAUUAGCUCAUUCAGCUCAGUGGCUCCGAGUUUCUCGGAAUUUGGCGUUGCAACGAGACAUAGGAUCACGUCUGAAGGCGAACAAGCUAGCGAAUUGAGGAAAAGCUCGACGGAGGAUGGGCUUAAAGGCCGAACGAGGACUCCCCGGUCUGGCGCUUUUCCGUUGAGGAUUGACAUCCCCCCAUCGUUUGCACAAGAGAAGGAACGACUUCAGCGACAGCAACAGCAGCAUCAAAUAGAGCGGGCACUUGGGUCAGCAAGGUCAGCUGGAUCCGGUAACUCUCUGACAUCGCCAUUGCCUCGGGAAGUCGGUGAGCGUUUCUUGAGAGACCGGACAACAGAAGGGGAGAAGAUGAACAGCCCGACUGCAAGUUUGUUUAGCAUCGCGAGCGUGGUGACGACGCGCAGCGGGAUGAGUGCGGCCCAGUGUUUAAGGACACGAGUGAGCGGUAUGUUGGACGGGCUAGGAAAUAUGCCUCUCAACACGACCCAAAGCACAAGUCCGUCAAGCAAUGCACCCGUAUCGAGAACGAGCCCGAGUCCGAACUUAGGAGGGGAAGAACAAGAGGGGAUACAGCAUACGCAGAACUCAGGUCUGCAUCCGCCAAAUAUGAGCGUACCGAGUGCGAAUGGCGCAGGGCCAGGUGACAACCAUGCCAUGCUUACAGCAGAAGAUCUCCUCGCAGAGUUGACUGCGCUUUCAGGAGCGCCACUGGGAGAUGGAGAUGGUGCGUUUUCGCCACCCGAACUGUCAACCAAGGGAAAGACAUUCCGUGCAAUGCGUGCCGAUGUGACGUCGCAGGUGACCAGUCCCUCACUGGUGCACAUUUCACUAUCGGGUGUAGAAACGGGUGGAAAUGACAAUGACAUGGUGGGAGCAGGGUCCAAGCUUUCGCCGAGUUUGUUAGGUCAGUUCCCUACCACUCCAACAACGCGGACGAGGCCACCCCCAAGCUCGUUUCCCUUCCCUAGUACUAGUUCCCAGUCUUCAAAGCGAACGCCAAUGUCAGCAUCGAGUUCGAGUUCGAAUGGGAUUACGAGAACGAUGAGUCAGAGUCGUAGAAAACCAUUACCUCCUGAUCCACGUGGAGUGCGCUCGUCUGUAUCUUCACUUGGUUCUGAUGAGUCUGCCAAGAGCCGUUAUUCUGCUUCGAUCGCAGAUGGUGCAAUGGAUGCUGUUCGAGGGCGAACAAAUGGUGGACGAGGUAGCGAUCGAGAUGGCGCGACGAGUCCGGAUAUCGCAGCCAUGAUGUGCGCGACACCUCGUCCUGUUCUGCGCUCUAAGUCACUGUCGGCAAGGUCAAGUCGAUCAUCGAAAUCGCUUUCGGCACGCUCGAGUUCGGCUAGGAGUUCGGUCAGGACCUCCGCCCGUCCUUCUCUUCCUGAUGAGCGCGAGCGGCUCAAGGCUCUCGCGCGCGUGAGUGCUGUAUCAUCGUCUUCAUCCACUCCGCCUCCUCGUGUGCCGAGCAUCACGCGUAAAGACAUGUCUGGGAGACGUUCUGGUGGUUCUGAAUACUCCGAAGCUUACGGUGGAAUUGAAGAGGACGGUGAUGCGACUGUAGAUUACGGUGUUGCGAUUGCGCGGCAUCGUGGCGCGUACGAUUUGUCGCCUUCCCUGCUGCAAGUAGAUGAGCGUCUUGAAAAUGAGAUGGACGAGUUCGGUGUACUGCGAAAUGGUACAGAUGCCACGGACUUCUAUGCAGAAGAAGCGGAAGCAAUGCUCGGCACUGAAUAUAACGGCUCUCCAGAUGCUGCAGAAGAGGAAAGCGAUAGUGAUAUUGAUCUGCACACACCGUUACCGCAUAUUCUUCUUCGUGAGGGUGUAUUGUCACCGCAUUCGAAAUUGCUCACCUCGACGUCAAUGAGUUCCCUCAGCGCGCGCAGUUCUUUUGUUGACUCGGGGAGAGACAGCGUUGCGAGUUAUGCUACUCAUGCAUCGCUAGGUUCUGUCAUGACAAAGUCAGGGUUGUUCAAAGAUGAACGCAACACGGAGGGGCGCCGGCGCCGCCAUCGAGAUGGUAAACUUCUCAGAGAGGGCCUCGGACUGACGACUGGUCUCGGUUGGAGCGAUAGUGAGGACGAGGACGCACCUUCGCCGUUCACUGAUCGGCUAUCAAAACUGGCGCUGUCACGAAAGACAAGCAUGGCUUCCGUCCAAUCCUCGUCGUCUAAGAAGUCUCAAGUUUUUGCACGCUCGAUCCCUUCCUCUUUGAAGACCAGGACUCCGUCGACUAAUUUAACCCCGCCAAGUCUAGCAUCGUCACUAUCACGAAGCCCCGUGAUGUCAAGUGAACGACAACUGCUGUCCAAAUCAAAUUCGUCCUUGAACUCGAUGGGAGUGGUGGCGGAAUCGGUUGGCAAGCGAACAUCACCAACACCAACGAACUCAAGUGCUGCCAGCGUGCCGUUCCCGUCGACACCACGUGAAGAUAUAUACGAUGAGUCGGAGGGGAGCUUAUUGUCCGGUUCGAUCAGUCGCAGUCGAACGACUUCCAGAACACCCAGCAGUAGGGUAAAGACACUAACUGUAAAGUCAGUUAGGACUGCCCAGAGCACUUCACAGCUUCGUCCUCAGGCCACAGCAACCUUAAAAUCUAUACCGCCGUCUCGACUUCCGUCGACUGGAAUGUCGACGCCUCGUCCUUUGCGCUUACCCGCACUUCAGCAACAAAGAGUAUCGUAUGUUGAUACUGAGGAAGAUGGUAUGAUGCUUCAGCCUGGCCAGCCAACACCUGGCUCCGGCUCAAUAUUGGGCUACAACCGCAACUUACAUGAUCGUCAACGUGCAGCACUUCUUGCAACUCCAGCAACUGCACCUAGCAAGGUAAAUCCGUCUAGCCUUCCGUCGCCUCCAUCACCCGUACUUUCUGCAAAAUCGGCACCCUCAACCGCUACUACGUUUGAGAGUCGACGUACUUUCGGUUCUAUGCUUGCAACGUCAACUCUACGUCCACCUACUCGGACUGUGAGUAGAGAACCCUCCCCGUCACGGCUAUCCGCUCCCAGUACAAGCCUCGGACGACCUCGCACUGGUACUGGGAUGGUGUAUCGUCAGAGCUCGUUGCCAGUGUCCCCGGUUGGGACGGCAAUUUAGUCUGUAGCAUGCAAUUAUUCAGUUGACGGUCAUAGACUUUCGCCGCUCCAACUACGGUCCGCAGCUCUGGAUUUUAUUCACGUUUUAUACCCUUCACGUCAAUGUAUCUUCAACCAGCCUAUGGCUAUGAUCUAUACCACCACUCUUUCCCACAUCCGAGCAUUCCUUACGCAUCUUAGUACAUCGGUUUUUUUCUAUUCGGGCUCGUCUCUUGGCAUACGCAUCCUUCCAAUCUAUCAACCAUCUCCUUUCUCUAUGGAUAACAUGUGACACUUGUUCUUAUACGCGCCCGUCUGUAUAUUUUGCGGAUUCAAUCACAUUUGCCUCCCCGUCACUUCUUUUCCUUCCCUCUCUCUUUUUUUUCUCUCGUCAUCUGGAAUCCUAAAUUCUAUUUAUAGUCAUUCAAUAUACCUUAUCAUCCUACCCUCGGUGUUUCUGUAAUUCCUUACAAGCC